AUGGAUGAAGGAUUAGCUGAAACUGUGCGUAUGCUGACUGACGUUCUUAGACAUCAGCAACAGCAACAAGUGCAAGUACCUAGACCCAAAAUUAGGGGUUGUCCAUAUGAUAAGUUUUUGAUUUACCGUUACCCGAAUUUUUUUGGUAAUGAAGGGCCACUGAGAGUCGAGAAAUGGAUUAUAGAUCUCGAGAGAACGUACGAGAUUUGUGGAUGUCUUGAGGACCAAAAGGUUCUAUAUGCUGGAUACUUAUUCCAAGGAGAAGUUGGAAUAUGGUGGGAUACACGUAGGCAGCUUCUAGUUAGGGAACUAGAAAGUAUGGCUACAUUGUCAUGGGAGAGGUUUAAGGAAGAGUUUGACAACAGAUUCUUUCCAGACUCUGUCAAACAACUGAAGGCCCAGGAGUUCGCUUCCUUAACACAAGGUAGUUUGACUGUGGAGCAAUAUGCCGCUAAGUUCAUGGCAUUAGGAAGGUUUGCACCCCACUUGAUUUCAACUCAAAAGAUGCAAGUACAAAAGUUUCAAGCAGGACUUCUGCCAAGAAUCCGAAGUCAGGUAGCUUGCCUCAGAAUAGAGAAUUACCAAGAGUUGGUAAAUGUAGUGGCGAUAGCAGAGGCUGAGUAG